CUCCGGGAAGAAGGGAUCUGCACGGACAGGGCUGUUAAACCCUCCUCCAGAGACUGGGGAGGGGAGGGAAUGAGGCAGGUGGGGAGGAGACUUUUUCCUUUCAUCUCCAAUCUCAGAACGGCUAAAGAAGAAUCUCAGGCAGCCGUCCCUACAAUAAUACCCCUGUCUGCUGUCUCUCUGGGCUUCCUUCCCCCGUAACAGAUACAAGAAUACCAUACUUUAGCCUCAAUUGAAGCAACAGAGGUUUAAAUGCUUUCAGCUCAACCACUGUAUUCAGAUACUGCUGGAACAGCAGAGCAUUCAAGCUCAGACAGCCGCGAACUGAAAACCCAAGCCUACAGAAAAGGGAGAGCAAAAGACAGAAGGAAAGAAAGAAAGCAGGAAACCCAACGUCAACAAUCCCAUAACUCGCUCCAGCUCAUUCAUUUUUCUUCUCCCGGCAGCUCUGGGGAAGGGAUCGAGUGGCGUGGUCUCAGAGACUCUCCUACUCUCCAUUGCUGCGUCUUGAGGACAUGGCGCUGAGCAUCCCAGGAACUGUUCCUCUCUGUACCAUUCGUCUUGGAAUUCUACUCAUGGCGUAUGCUUUCCCUGCUGAAGCUGGGCUUUCUCAGAAGCACGGUCCAGAUAUUGUUGAUGACAGCAAGGACAAUAUCACCAUCUUCACACGCAUUUUGGACCGGCUGUUGGAUGGGUAUGACAAUCGGCUGAGACCUGGACUCGGAGACAGCGUAACUGAAGUCAAGACAGACAUUUAUGUGACGAGUUUCGGCCCUGUCUCAGACACAGACAUGGAAUACACCAUUGAUGUCUUUUUCCGGCAGUCCUGGAGAGACGAGCGGCUUAAGUUUGAUGGCCCCAUGAAGGUCCUCCCCCUUAACAACCUGCUGGCCAGUAAGAUCUGGACUCCUGACACCUUCUUUCACAAUGGCAAGAAAUCAGUGGCCCACAACAUGACCACACCCAACAAGCUGCUGCGCCUGGUGGACAAUGGCACCCUUCUGUACACCAUGAGGUUAACCAUUCACGCUGAGUGCCCCAUGCACCUGGAGGAUUUCCCAAUGGAUGUGCAUGCCUGCCCGCUGAAAUUUGGGAGCUAUGCCUAUACGAAGACGGAGGUGAUCUACACCUGGACGCUGGGGAAGGAUAAAUCAGUGGAAGUGGCCAAAGGUGGAUCUCGCCUGAAUCAGUAUGACCUCCUGGGCCAUGUGGUCGGAACAGAGAUGGUCCGAUCCAGUACAGGGGAAUAUGUCGUCAUGACCACGCACUUUCACCUCAAGCGGAAGAUUGGGUACUUUGUGAUCCAGACGUACCUGCCCUGCAUUAUGACAGUCAUCCUAUCACAGGUUUCCUUCUGGCUUAACAGGGAGUCUGUUCCCGCCCGGACUGUAUUCGGUGUCACCACCGUUCUCACCAUGACCACACUGAGCAUCAGCGCCAGAAACUCCUUACCGAAAGUGGCGUACGCGACGGCCAUGGAUUGGUUCAUAGCCGUCUGUUACGCCUUCGUGUUUUCUGCGCUGAUCGAGUUUGCCACUGUCAACUACUUCACCAAGCGGAGCUGGGCCUGGGAUGGCAAGAAGGUGCUGGAGGCCCAGGAGAUGAAGAAAAAAGAGCCGGUGGUGCUGGCCAAGAAAGCCAACAACACCUACAACAUCGUGGGCACAACGUACGCCCUCAACAUCGCCAAGGACCCCAGCCUGCCCACCAUCUCCAAGAGCGCCACCGCCACCGUGUCCCCCAAGGGUCCCCGCGUGGAGGAGAAGCCCCCAGAAAGCAAGAAGACCUACAACAGCGUCAGCAGGGUGGACAAGAUGUCGCGCAUUGUCUUUCCUGUCCUCUUCGCCAUUUUCAACCUGGUCUACUGGGCCACGUAUGUAAACCGGGAGUCAGCCAUCAAGGGCAUGAUCCCCAAACAAUAACCCAGCCACACAAACCUUCCAUCUAUAAAUGCCAUCCAGGCAGGAACUCUCGGGGGCUUUCAUCUUCUUCUUUGUUUGAUUUUUUUAUUAUUAUUAAUAAGCUUAAUUUGACUUAUUUUGAUUAUUAUUAGAACAUUUUUAAUGUAAACAAAACUGUGAUAUUUAUUUAACCCUUUUUUGGUUUAUUUUAGUUUAUUUUUGCUGUUGAUGAUAAAAAAGGAUCCGAAAAAAAGUGUGCCUCUAACAUCGUGGGUCUGAUGUUCCCCCCGCCCAUGUCUCUCCCUCUCCACUCCCUGUGAAAUGAAAGCUGCUUGCAUGCUGUUUUCAUUCCAUGCUAAGCUGGUAUGUUUUUCAACCUCACUCCCACCCUGCGAUAGACUGCUCUGGUUUUGUGGAUCCCUAUUGCUUAGAGACUCCUGGCAACAUAGGGACUUCAAGGAUGCAAUGACCUCUGUGGACAUCCUGCCAGUUGGGCUGACUUACUGUGUUAUUCUUUGCUUUAGCUUUAUUCUGAGAGCAGCGACUGGUUUGUGAGCUGUUCAGGGAGCUGCAUAGCCUCCACUGCAAGGCAGCCUCUGUGUUACCAUAGUCAGCUGCCAUUAGGGGACAGCCAUGUAGCGUUCAUGUUUGAACACAAAGGGUGAGGCCGUAGCUGUGGUAUAACUGGCUGUAGUGUCAUGUAGAAUUCUUCAGGGCUGCCAAUUCUCCAUCUUCACCCAAUCAUCUGCCUUACAUCCUCCUUCCCUCUCUCCGGGCAGAACCGAGCACCCCUGUCAGAGUAUCCUCUUCCACUGCAGUUCUACCACUCUCUCCUACUGGAGUGAAAACAAGCAGGACGUUGGUUAUUUGUGCCUCCAGAGGGCACCUCAUAUGGUGCUUUCCAUUAGACAGAGAGAUACGUAAGUGUCCUCAGGGUGAAUCAGUGAUUGAUCUCCUUGAGGAGCACCAGAAGCAGAAGAGAGGUUUCCAAAGCCUUGGAAAGUUAUAAGCUGGAAGGGAAUGUGUGGGCUGUUGGGUGGCUUUAUUUUUUUCCUGUUGUUCCAAUCCCCUUGCCUCCAUCUCCUCCUCCUCUUGAUUAACUUUUUGCCUCCCCACUCCCAUUCCUCCAAAAUCAUCCUUUCUCCUGCCACCAGCUACAAGCUUUUACAGACCUCACCGUUAGCAGCAGCAUGGCACCGAGAGGUGCAGUCCCACUGGAGCCCAGCCCAGGAAGCAUCUUUGCUUCUAUAGGGUGGAGACCUAGUGCAGUGGCAAUGCUGGCCCUUGGCUAUGAAAGAAUAAGACUGUCUCCUGACAAGGGGGAGAGGAGAUCCUGCCUUGGGGGCAGGGGUGACAAGGAGUUGUGACCCGUGUAAAUCAGGAGUGACUCUAUUGAAGCCAAUGGAGUUUGGCCAGCGAGAUCAGAACCAGACCUGAAUCCCCAGGCUGCUCCCUUUGAGAGAGGCUUUUACCCCCUCCCACCAGCCGGGGGCAUCCAUACCUUCCCCAACAGCUGUGCCGAUACGCUGGGAUCCCAGCUGUCCUUUCCUCCUCCCAUCCCCUUCCCCACUAGUCUGGACAUACUGACACACUGCCCAACCAUCGAGAAUUACAUGCUGCAUCUGGUACACCCUCCUGCCCCCAGCCAGUGCUGAUUCUUCAGUGUCACCUUCAUCUGCCCCCGUGCAGUCAUGUGGCCUCUGCGAGGAAGCUUGGUGGGCAAAGGCUUAAUUGAUUAUUAAGAACAGUACAUGCCCUCCUGCAAUAUUCAUGGGGACUGCAGGACCAGAGCAGGGAAGCACAGGGAAUUUAGGGCUAGACUGUGCAACCGUUGCUCAUGUGGACGAGCUCUUAUUACACAGACAUGCUCCCACAGCUUCUUAUCCCUCCACUGUCUCAAUGGCAGCAUUGCUACAACAGGGGGAAGGGAAGGACACAUGCUACUGAGCUGGCUAUCCUCUCACAGCCACUGCAACAGGAGCCUAGGAAUGGCCAGACUAGAUCAAAUCCAUGCUCCAUCUGGUGCACUAUCCUAUCUCUGACUUUUCCCAGCCCCGGAGAAAGAUGCAAGAACCCCACAAUAGGCAGAUGUGGGAUAAUCUGACAUCCACAGGCUUGCACUCCCCUCUGCUCAAGGGCGAGUGAGGAGCAUACAGACCCCGAAUGCAUCUGACAUUUCCUCAGUGCCUGUCAUGCCAGAGAGCUGACUCAGCUCCCAGCAAGGGCUUGCCUCACCUGCCGCUGCAGGAAGUGACGCUGGGGUGGGGUGCGGCAGCUGUGUCAGUUUACAUCAGUGACAGACAACGAAAAGGUGACAACAUCUAGGGUACAUCAGGGAGGCUUCAGAGGACCUUCAAGUGUUAGAAUUUGCCAGGAUUUAGGAGCUAACCCCACAGCUUUUGCCACCUCCUCUACUCUGACACCACUGGGUUCUAACACCAUUGCUGUCACAAACAUCCUUUCUCUAAAUUACCAUAUCCCACUAAAGCCAGCCGUGUGGCAAACGGGCUACUCUAACCCCCCAGGUGCUAACACUGUUAAGUAUUCCAAGCACUGCUAUUUUAACACCCCCGGAGCUAACAUUAUCCCUGCCACAAACUCCACCACUAACACCACAGGGGCUAACUGCUAACGGGCUCUUUCAUGGCCACCAGGGGGCAGCCCUUUGCCAAGGGUCGGUUGGGUGUUUUGGAAAGUAUUUCCAGGUCAUUUUCUUAACUAGCCAAGACAAAGGGAAUGUCAUAAAACAGACGUGUUGCUAUCAUAGUCAAGCCUAAGUGAGUGAAAUAGAAACCCUAUGAAAGCAAACGCAAUAAAAUGGUAACUAAAGAAUAUCAGGUGUUGACGAAAGGUCUUCUAUUGAAUGCAAACUUAAACAUGGGCCCUGCAAUGUCACAAUUACCUCGGUAGUGAUAAGCAACAUGUUCCAGCUGGAUAUGCGCAUUCAUCCCCUUCAGCUGUUCUGCCAUGGGAAGCACAGAUCCCUUUGUCCAACGUCUCACUAGGCACGUUCUUGCUGCUGACAGUCCUGCUUCCUGGAAAUGUUCUUUGAUGUCUGUUUAUUAUAACUCUCGCUAAAUUAUUUACAAAGCAAACAUCUAGGUUAAACCAACUGAAAACUGCCAGCAGCUCUCAUUAGCCACUACACGGCAUCUGAAAAAUGCCACGGCCAGCAGUAGAGUGAGCCCUCACCUCCCCUACCCCUAACUGGGACACUGAUUCCGAACGGACACACAGGGAAGUGUGCUACCUACUGAGUUAUCAGGGCCACAGCCUGGCUGUUCCCUGGAACUCUUCUAUCCACAAGGCCUUGGUUGGUGUCUCUCUGAGUGAGUGUCAGGGCAUGUUUUCUUAAGGUGACUUUUGGAAACUCUCAUUCAACAUGGAUGUUCUUAUCUGUCUCACCCUCAGCCUUCAGAGUGCUUUUCAUGCCCAUAUCUAGCACGAAGCCUUUCAAACCCUUGUUUUCUGAAUCCCGGAUGGUUAUUCCUACAGAGAUGGCUAGUGAUGGUGAGGUGAUAAUGGGUCACCCCACCAUGUUACUCUUAGAUUUUAGAUGUCUGCCUGAUAAAUUGCUCACUUUCCAAGUGUGUGUUAACACUGAGCAAAAGCCAAGUGUGUUCCCACCAAAACCUGGCACUGAUGCGUGCUGCAGAAUGCCAGCUGGAGGCAGAGAGACUGGCAUCCUUUGGUUAAAAAAACAACAAAACAAACAGGAUUUGUAGUUUUUCUUCCAAGGGAGGAAGCAUUUUGGAAAGAUAGUUAUAAAUAAAUAAAUAAAUAGUUAUAAAUAAAUGGUUUAACACUCCCUGCCAGCUGACAUCAGGAAACAGAGAAUGUUCUUUUCUUUUGGAGGCUGAGAUUAGGACAUGUCCUUCCAGUUAACACUAGAUUGUUCAUCAACUUACCUUUCUAAAGGAACCCCAGAUAAGGCCUGUGCUUAACACUAGCUUGUAGAUUAUUAGCAGUCAUGUUUAUUAUGGUAGUGCUUAAGGAACAACCAAGAUUGGGUCACCAUUGUGCUAGGCACUGAGCAAGCACAGAGGAGUAGAGACUUGCUUUGAAGAGCUUAUGCUCUAAACCAACAAGGCAGAUACAGGAACUACUAGAGCUGGGCAGAGAAGGGAAAUGUUAUCUCAUGGAGGAAUUUGAUAUUGGGUCAUUUGGUUUUGUUCUGUUUAGGAAUGAAACCCCAACAUUUCAAAAUUCUCCAUGAAAGAAAUUUUAAAACCCACCAUCUUGUUUCAGGUACAUCUCAAUGUUUUGUGUUGACUUUGGCCUCUUUUAGUUUAUAUUGUAUUAUAAUAUAUAUAAGCCACAGUUUUAAAAAAUCAAAAGGAAAGGAAAAAUCUAAAUAUUUUAUUUGGAAAAUGUCAAAACAGACCAUUUUGACAUUGGUAGAACGUUUCCUCCCUCAUUUUCUGCUAAAUGAAAUUUUGGCAAAGUUGACAAUUUCAUUAAGUGCUUCACUUUCAACAGAACUGCACCCUCUGAUGGAAAAUGGUUCUGUCAAAGCGUUUCUGACCAUCUCGAAAUAUAACAUGCAAGCAGAGUGAUCAAUGUGAUGGUGGCAAACACUAUGCCAGUGCUAUGAUUUUUUGGGGGGUGGGAGUUUAGUUAGGGAGGGAUUAGCCAACAGAAAGACAAGGGAAGGGAGAAGCGGGAGGGGGACAGAGCUAGUGAGAAGAGGGCAGGGAAGAAGGUCUGAGGUGGAGUGAGUCUGCAGUGAAAAGAUAGUGUGAUGGGGUGGGAGGGGACUGAAGCAAACAAGGGCAGUCCAGUCAAACUGUAUGAAUUAUCAUGAGUGUCCAGCAGUCCCUGCUUUGGCUGCUUCUGCAGCUGUUGUGCAGGCAUCAGUCUCUGGCUGGCUCCCCCCUGCAGUUUCCCAGACCACACAGCUGAGGAUAGGGGAGACAAUAGUAAUGGAUCCUUGAUAAUGCUCCUCUUCUAAAGGAAUGAAUAGGCAAUCAGGGAAUGAUGUCACAGUGCAGAGGGUCAGUGGUAUAUUCCUAUGGGCAGACACGGCCAUGUAUGUCUUGUGCAGACCAGGAAGGGUUUCUUGGUCCAAGCCAGUUAGACUGGUGAGAGAUCCAGUACCUUUAUGAACCUCAUUUGAGAUCUCCAGUGUCCCAAGUGGAGCUAGUGGCACCUUAGAGACUAACAAAUUUAUUUGAGCAUAUAAGCUUUCGUGAGCUACAGCUCACUUGCAUGCAUCCAAUGAAGUGAGCUGUAGCUCACGAAAGCUCAUGCUCAAAUAAAUUGGUUAGUCGCUAAGGUGCCACAAGUCCUCCUUUUCUUUUUGCAAAUACAGACUAACACGGCUGCUACUCUGAAACCAAGUGGAGCUGACACCUUAAUCUAACUCGCAUGGCAUUAUCCCACAGAGGGAGCAAGGCCUAUAGAGAGAGGGGUCCUGUUAAAGGGACAUUACUGAGCAAAUGGCUUUACUGGGGAUAGACCUGCCAAAAGGAUAAACCUAUUCAAGGGGCAGAUCUGUGAAAAGCAUGAAGCUGCUCUAGAAAUUGUCUUUUUACAGAGAGAGACGUGCUUAUGGGAUAAGAUUGUUAAAAGGACAGAGUGGUUUAAUAUAUCAUGCUGUUAAAUGCAGGGACACUUUAAAAGGAUAAACCUGCUUAAGAGACAACAGUGUUAAGGGGACAGGUGUGCUCAAGAGGUAAUGCUGUUAAAGAGAAAGAGCUGUAAAGGAAAAUGUUUCUUAAAGGCAUAUGCCUACCGAAGGGCUAGCACAGUUAGCACUGUUUAAGGAAGCGGCAUCUUAAAGUAGUCCAUUACUCUGUGUGUUGGCAUGAGCUGUUGAAUCGGUUUAUGCUGUUCUGAAUUUGGGUACUUGACAAGUCAAGAAUUUCUCAUGCUAUCUCAGAGCAGAUCAAUGGAUGGUGCAGCCAAAAGCCAGAAGUACCUGGAUGUGGUCCUCCCCACUUUGGUCCCAUCUCUCAUGUGACUCUGAGGUGUCACCUGCCCCUAGAUCAAAUGCCCUCCCAUCUCUCUCUCUCUCUCUCCAUCUACAGUUUUCAGGGUCUUUUGUGGUUUCCAGCAAGGGGGGAGGGCUGAGCAUUCAUGAAAACUUAAACACUUUAUUAAUGCCGAAGUAAAAACAAUCCUCUCCUUGUGUCAAGCUAAACUGCUCCUGAAGGCGGUUUGGAAAGAGGCCAUGGCUCUGUAUGAUACUGGUGGCUUCAAGGCAGAAAUAUUUAGUAUUUGACCUUGUUAUUGUUCAGUCAGCCAAGUGCUUGGGGGUAGGGGGGGAGGAGUUGUGGCUCACAAGCUCGGUGUAUUUAAAAGUAAAAACACUUCCUCUCUAGAGCAGGGGAAAUGUCCAUUUUUAUUAAAUUCUUUCUUUCUCUGCUACAUCUGCAUAAAAACAGGGCUAAGAGAGAUCCGAGUCCCUCUCAGAUCCUCCCCAAAUUGCCCGAGGACAGCAGAAAGCGUGGGGAUGAGAGAGAACGAAUCCAAUCUGUAUUCGGGGCGCGGUAAUGGAUUGUUGGCUGGUACCAAGGACACUGCCAGAAGGGCCUCCAAGCACCUGUCAGGAAAAUGUACUGACGCAGGGCACAACUUUUACUGACUCUGCCCAUUCAUUACUGACAGGGACAGUAGGACGUUGUCAGGAAGGCAGCGUGACUUUCAAAUGCCCAGCUCACUGAAUGCAGUUAUUCUCUCAAAAAUGCAGUUAGCCAAAUGGUAUGCAGAGCUGGACUAUCCAGUAAUGCCAGCUAGCAGUUCAGAACAUGCUUGGGUGGCCACACAAAGCCACAAACCCUUCUCCUGUUGGCAUCUAUGCCCAGGGGAGAACAGAAAUCUUGUUUAAUUGCUUCUCUUCAUGGGGGCUGUAACCAGAGUCCGUUCCAGCUAACUACAGCAAUCCUGUUCCAAUUCUUGUCUUCUGCAGCAGGGGAUUGUCCCCAGGCCCUGUUCCAGCGAGACACAGAGAUUCACUUGUGUUUCUUUUCUUCCUGCUGUCAGGGUCUGUUGCAGCUGGGCACAGGAAGUCAUUUAUGUUCUCCUUCCCGUGGCUUUGCACAGCGUCAAUGCCAGGUGGGCACAAAAAACACACAAGCAAAAACAAAGUUAUCUCCAUGAACUAAUCAAGCUUUCUUCUGGAGGCUAGGAAGGAACAAAGAGAGAGAGAGAGAUUGUGAUUGCUAAAUACUUGGGAGUUUUUCAGACCCUGCAGUGGCAGGGGACAUACAAACACCUAAUACAGCCAGAUAGAUAGGAGCAAUAUGUGAAGCGGUAGUUAGAGCAGGCCUCGGAAAUAUUGCAUGUGACCAGAAAUAGACACAUAUAUAUGCCUUGCUCUAUAGCCACAUGCACACAGAGAGCAGGGUAACAUGAUAGCACAGUAUGGUGUCAGUGGUGUAAAGGUUUUUUCGGACUGACCAGCAUGACUCAAGAGUGAUGAGCAAGACAGGCAAAGCAGCCCAUACCACCAGGUGUUCUCUCUAGAGACCAUGAGUGUGCAUGUAUAAUGCUGACAGACCCCAGUCGUAGACAGGCAGGAUCGAACCUGGGACCUCCGGAGCUUAGUGCAUGAGCCUCUACCGCAUGAGCUAAAAGCCAGCUGGCUGAUAGCUAAAGCUGUAGAACAGACUAAUUUUCUCUCUCUCUUUAAGUGGUCUCGGUGCCACUAGAUGGGACAGACCACCACACCCAGCAUGUGACCUCUUUACUGUAGGAGUCAACCCCAGUCUGCAGGCCCAGCUGCUUUCAGUUCUAUUAUGGUUUUUUAAUCUGCCCUGCUCCAUGUUUACCUUAUUUUCUGUCCCUUUCUGCCUCUCAAGCUUCCUAUUCUCCAUCUUCUUGGCUUCUUCUUUUCCUCAUUUCCUACUUGUUCCUUCUCUUGCUCUCCACCUCCAUUCAGUCCUUCUGCUCCUAUCUUCCCACUCAUUCAUUCAUUCUCUUCCUCACCCACAGCCAGUCAUCUCCACCCAGCCAGCCACACACCCAGUAGGCCAGUCACCCAGCCUUACAUUCAGUCACCCAGGCUUCUCUGUAUCUCUGGAGACAAACUGGGCUUGCAACCUGACUGCUGAGGGAAACAUGGGAGGGGGCCUGGAGGCCUGAGGAGAAGAUGCUUCUGGAGCGGGGCGGGACAGAGUGCCCCAAGCUGCUGCAGCAGACAGGGCAAGGAGCAAAUCAAGCUUCCGGCACCAUCAAAGAGCUGGGGUGGGAGCAGUUCCUGGCUGUGGCCAAAAUGGGGUGCUGCUAUGCAAAAGUUCAGUACAGCCACCACCCUGUAGCCGGAGGUGAAAGCACACUGGUCCUUUCACCAGACAGCUGCUGGCCAAGUGGGCUGAUGCCUAUUUGUCUGGUUCUCCAAACUGAACCUGCAUACUAAUUAUAACUGGGGCCAUUGCAGGUUAGGCACUUGGGGUCUUGUGGAGCAAGACUAUCAUACAGUAUAAGCCAAAGAGAGGUUGUGUUGAUACCCACCUGAACGUAUAAGAUGGACAACACGUAGCUGUUCUGGUGUGCAUUAACAACAGUGGAUCCUCUUGCAGUGGUGGCCUGGUUUAACUCCCUUACCUUCUUUUCUCUGGCUUCUCUGUCGGGCACCAAGAAUGAUUACACCCCACGCUUCAGUUGCAUCAUCAGCUGCCAUGGUUUCUCACAUUCCAUCACAGGACAGCAGGAUGUUUUAUACUACAACUAGUUAUUGCCGGGGGUCACUGUAUGAUAUAUCUAGAAAGCCAAGAAUACCACCAAUCACAAACAAAUCAGGUUCAGGUCUGUGUUCAGACACAUGUGCAACGUCCCUUGAAGUCAAUAGUAAUGGUGCAUGUCCUGAUAUAGGAAGUCUAAAGCCUUAAUGAAUAAGGGCUGGAUCCUGCACUGGUGCUGAUAUUUCGUCACCAGAAAUACCAUGAAAGCCAAUAUUGGUGAAGUGGGAAUUUCACACAAACCUAAGGGAAGAGAUGUUCUCCGUCAAACAACUUUUUAAGUACCACUUAGCACUUGUUACCUACCAAUGCGGAGAAACGUUUGUACCUGGCUCUAAGGAUCCCUUCUACUGAGUACAGUGAGCUAGCACAGCACUCGAUCCAAUAUGUAUUGACAUCACCAGAAAGACUCCUACUGACUUCAAAGGGUAUUGGCUACAGCCUUUACUCAAUGCUGUUUAAAGGGACCGUCAACUUGACAACCCCAUUUCUGUCUGACUAUUGACUUACUUUGUACAUUUGGCCCUUUGGCCCAAAUCCUCCAAGGUAUUUAGACACCAAACUCCCUUUGAUUUCAAUAGGAGUUAGGUGCCUAAAUACUGUAGGAUCUGCAACUUUCUGCAUUCCCUUCUAUAGUCAGCCAGUUUUCCCCAUUGCUUUUCAUGCAGCAACCAGGAAGGGGGAGGACAUUACAAAUAAUAACAAUUUGAUUGUAACAACCCAAAACUUGGGAGUAGGAUCGCGGAACAGGGAUCAUUUUCAUCACAUUUCUUUUAAUGGACUAGAUUUCAAGUUGAAGGUGUCCCUUUAAUUAAACAGAUGAGGUAGUAUUUUGAAAUCACACUAUUGUCCUGUCAUGUGACAACAAAUCAUUUAGACUCUCGCUGCCCAUUGGCCUUUUGAGCUCCAAAGGCCAAUAUCUGACUUCAAGAUGGCAGCACCAGCCAUUUCGUUAGCCACAGUGUUGGUGUCUGAUCACAGAUGUUGGUAACGUUUCAUGAGCAAAAUGCAAGGCAGUCCAUCGCAAUGAAAAACACUCUGCAACAAAACACCAGAGACAGCCUUGUUCUGCUGCCUCAGGUUGAAUCUGCUCCCGUGUUGCCUCUUCUGUUUUGUUUCCCAUCUUGUAAGACUGUCUUUACUCCACUAUGGGAAAGAACUUAGCGAGCAGCAGUUUAAUGCAUGACAAUCCUCUUAUUACUCCUAAGAGCGCAGCUGUAAAUAAUUAACGACUUGAGAAAUAGAGAUUUUUUUUUUAAAUUGUUGACUUUAUUUUCUUUCUUGACUGGCUAUUAGCGACCUUCUUAAAGGAUUUCUUAUGGAAACUGUGAUCUCUCUGUCUCUCGGUCUCGAGGUGUGUGUUUCGAAUGCUUUCUGGUGCAAUGUUUAAUGCUGUUUGUAUUUCUGAAGUGUAAUUUUCAACCUUUGCUGGAAACCUAAUUCGCCUGGUUUUAAUUGGUGGGGCUCAGAGUCCUGCAAUUUUUUGCAGCUUUUAGCUUUUUUGAUAAGUUAAAGCAAGGAAAAAUGUUAAGCAAAUAAAUAAAACACAACAAACUUCUGAGGAGAGGUUUGAAACAGAAACUGGAUGACGGAGACCAAUGAUCUGAGUGGAUGAGGAAGAUUCUUCCAACCCAAGUAUUAAUCUCCUGCUAUACUACGCCAGACGGGACUGUACAGUCUCUUCACUGAAUUAGAUCAUCCCGCCAUCUGCUGUACAUACUCUCUCAAACUCCAACUGAAAUAAAUAAAUAAAAAAUUCAUAUUUUAACAAA